ACUCGCGCUUGCACAUACCAAGAUGUCAACCUCCUGUGCAAGUCACGUUCUACGGAUCGCUCGACAGUUUGGGCGUCUUAAUCUUACAGGAAGCAGUGUUGCUGGUCAAAUGGCAUAUAAAGUUGCUCCAGUCCACCCAGCACAUUGUAAAUACAGUACAUCCUCUUGUCACCGAGAAAAAGCAUCAACAUUACUUAAUUCAAAACUAAACCAUAAAGAGUUCAGCACUGCUGCAGAACCUCAUGAAACUGAACAGAAAGAUGAAGAAUUUCCCUCUGACAUAGCUGUUAUUAACCAGGUAGACACCGAGCUGCAGAACUUAAAUAGAGGGCGCCUAUUUGCUGUGGUGUUCUUGUUCGGUACACAGAGGAAAGUGACUACAGAGGACACUUUAGUGAUGAAUUCAAACAUCACAGCCAAUGUUGGUGACAGGAUACGUUUGCAAAAGGUCAUGAUGGUUGGCGGCAACAACUUCACACUAAUAGGAAGACCAAUACUCAGUCUAAACAUGGUUCGAGUGGAGGCAACAGUGAUUGAAAAAACACUAGAUGUUGUGAAACCAGUCUUCAAAUUUAAAAGAAGAAAGCAGUAUAGAAAUCUUAAAUUAUCCCGAGAUCAUUUGUGUUUUCUAAGGAUAAACAGUAUAGAAAUCCUUUCACUGGACCAAAACAACCAGACUGAUACAGAUUCAAUAACAGCAGUUUGAUGUCAUCAUUUCAGCAUGGCAGACAUAAACAAUGUCACUGUAACAAAAGACUGAUGUGAAUGUGACACCAUCAGUGACAUAAUGUCCUUGACACUGAACAACCAGUGAAAUGAUUGAAAAAAUUUGUCAUGCCAUGUUUGUGGGCAGUUCUCUUUUAUAUAGAGAAACAAAGACAAGCUUUGUUGUCAUUGAGUUUUUUUAUUAAUUUAUAAGAUUAGGAAUAUUACCUGACCUGCUGAAAAAAGAUUAAACAAUGUUCAUAGAAAGCAUCCUGAAGAUUAUACAUAUGGAUUUAUUGACAAAAAAUACAGUUUCCAUAAAUUCCA